CUUUGAAUACAGGUACUAGCAGUAGGAAGCGUUUGCACAUGAAAUUGUUGAUCCCAAAGUUCGAGGAAUCUAGACUAUGUAACAAGUCCCCUAAUCAGCCAUGCUUUUUUGAAUAGAAUACAUAGAUGAUGUUCUUAAACAUGCUUCUCAAUAGAAAAGAUGCUGGGUAUAUCAUCACCAACAGUAUACUUUUCAUAGCGAGCCGAAGCCAAAUUUUAUACGCAUAUCCGAACUAUGAGCUAGUUAAUUUCAAUGUAGGAGUUUUGCCUACAACAGGUGCCGGUGGGGCCCGAUGUGCAGGAUCCAUAAGAUAACCUAUCCUCAACAUACUUACAGAUUGAAAUUAUGAUGAACAGAAAUGAAUAGUUUUGAUAAUGAACUCACUUAGUUACGUCGUCAUGCGAAAAUCGGCUUUUCCGACUCAAAGACAUAACAGUGACACGACUUUAUUUAUUUUAACGAUGAGACAAAGAGCUUAAUUUUCGUGAAAAUGGACGUGCUUAAUUAUCAAAUAUAAGUAUUCAUCACGUACUAGCAGGACGAUGACCAUACGAUGUCAUGACAUCAAAUCGACGCACAUCGAUCAAAAUAGAGAUUGAUAGUAGUAGUUGCUGAGCUUAAAACCUGCCUAUGCUAGAGAAGAUGAACGCCGAUCAUAGAAAACAUAAAAGGUCAGAGCAACAAGAC